AUGGCACAGGAGCAAGAAUAUCCAACUCAACUCUUUAACAAUAAUUUCUACAGCGCCUACAACCCCGACAAUGACGACGCGGAUAUGUCUUCCUCUACCAUAAGCUUCGGCGAACCAGACCUCGACGAGAUUUCCAUUCAGAUCGCUUUGACGGCUUCCCAUCUAAAUAACGGCCAUCUUGCAUUGGAUAGCGACAUUCAAGAUGAUGGCCAUGAUGAUUACGACUUUGUUCACGACUACGAAGAUGUGUACAUGCCCGACAUCGUUGAGUCCUUCGACGAGCCAGAUCAGGACGGCGUCGCAUGGCAGGUUGACCUCUUGGCCAUGAACGGUGCACCGAACGAGAUCAUUAGCGACAACAAUGGUCAGCCCCAUUGA